CAAAAGAUUCUUGUUUUUACACAGUAGAUGCAGUACUGACAAUUACGAUCACUAUUGCAAAGAGCGUACUGAAUGUUGUCUGACUAUACAGUCACAGAGGAAAUAUUUGCUACAGAAAGUAGGCUGGUUUGCACAUGAUCAGCGGGUCUGAUUUGGACCUAUUUUACUUGGAAGAAUUCAUGUAAACUGAUUCGGAGUACUUGGAGCCAUUUAGCCAAGAUCGCUGGAUUUGAUUGUAAGAGUUUCUAAGGACCAGAUUUUUAAAGCAACCAGAUAACACCAUGGCCUACAAAAAGAUGUCUUCAGUGUGGAUUUCUGUCUUUCCCUGGGUAUUUUUGUGUUUGUUCAGCUCAAUAGCAACGGCAGAUCCAUCAGAAACUGUAAUCAUCAAUAAGGAUAGAGCAACAAAAGGAGAGGGAUCAUGUGUCACAAUUAGCUGCAUAUUUUGGUUUAAAGAAAAUAUGAUACUGUUGUGGCUUAAAGAUCCUAAGUGGAAUGCAACGAAAAAUGCAUUUGAUGGAACAGUUGUAUAUAGUAAUACAAAGGAGCGGCCACAGGACCUUCAGUACUCUAACAGAGUGAAAUUUAUUCAUGAACCCAAUACUUGGGCCACAUGUUCAUUACAAAUUAAUGAUCUUAAAGUGAAUGACAGUGGAAACUAUACGUUUAGGUACAUAAAAGGAAAUGACAAAUAUUUGAGUAAAAUAUUUACUCUCACAGUCAAGGCAAAUCCCUGCAAAGUCCACAUUAAGCCACCAAAUUUGAACAGGUCACUUAAAGAAGGUGACACUGUGAGUUUAUUCUGUGCAACAUCAGCAGACUGUAAGUCACAUCCUCAGUGGUCUGGUCCAAGUGAUUUUGAUGUGAAAAUGGAUGAUGUUGGGGAAAAAUACAGUGAGGUGAAUUUGACCUUAAACUGGAAAGAUGAUGGGAGAACUUUGAUAUGUCAUCCUCCUGAUAGAACUUCUGAGGACUGCCUGGAUAGGAGUUUUACACUUAAAGUGGAAUAUGCACCCAAAGAAACAAAAGUGUCUGAGACCUCUAAGGAUGUGAAAGAAGGAGAACAAGUGAAAAUUUCAUGCUCCAGCAAGGCCCAACCUAACCCUAACUUCACAUGGUUUAAACAUCAAAACUCUUUUUCCCAGACUGGAGAAAAUCUUAGUUUAUAUGUUAAGGCACCAGCAGAUGGAGGCAGAUUCUACUGUCAGGCUAAAAAUGAACAUGGACAUGACAAUUCAACUGACAUACUAAUCAAUGUCAUUUAUGCACCAAAAGGUGUCCAUAUCAGUCCUGCAUUCAAGAACCUCACCGAAGGAGAGCAGCUUACUCUCACAUGCUUGGUGCAAGACAGCAAUCCAGCAGUCGAAAGUCAUUCCUAUAAAUGGUACAAAGGUGGUCAAGAGAUUGAUUAUCAAACAAAAAAUACACUUAAUGUGUUAGGUGUAACACGAACUGAUCAAGGAGACUACCAAUGUAAGGCCAAAAAUUCAGUAGGAGAGACCAAAUCUGUCAACAUUACCAAAGUAUCUGUGUUGCAUGCAGAGCAAAAGAUGCAAACAAAAACAAAGAAAGUAUUGCCUUAAAGGAUGUUAAACAUGAAAAUGAACUAGUAAGAUAUUAUCAUUCAACAUUUCAUCAUGUGCAAACCCCUAAAAUGACUAAGAGCAAACAGAGCCUGGUAUCAACUGCUAUCAGAGCAACAGCUCCCUUCUCAUGCAAGGAAAAAGAAUUGUUGACUACGCCUCUAUCAACUACUCACUUUUACAGAAGAAGAAAGACGGAGACUUAAAUCCAAAACAAGCAGAGAGUGAUUAUGCAGAGAUUCAGAUAAAAAAGCCAAAUGAAGGAGAGGAAGUUCAGACCGUGCAGCAUGGACUGGAGAAAGAUGAAGUGGUUCAAGAAGGAGCAAUGCAAGAUGGAGGGGAUCAAGGCAUAGAAGAUGGGAUGGAAAGUGAAAAGCAAAGGAGUUAGAGGAAGUCCAAGUUUAACAGGGAUAGUUUCUCAGUACAGUAUGGUUUAUCGUUAAGAAGGACAGUGAAGAAUGGCUCUGGCAUUUUAACUAUGAAUAAUUCUGUGAAAUUGUUGCUAUUUAUGUUCUUAGCAUUUCAAGUUUCAUUUACCUUGAACAGUACAAAAUAUUUGCAUUACUAGCUUGUAAACCCAACUAUGUUUUUCA